AUGAGACUCUCUACGGCAGUGCUAAAGUUAAGAGGCAGAGAUGGCAAAGUGGAAGCACUAGAUAGUACCAGCACAUCGGCCCAGAAACUAGGUGACGCUAGCGAGCUGCUGGGCAGCACCAACACUCUAGGCAGCGCUAUGACGAUGAUGGGCAACAACAACUUGGGCUCGGGAGAUGCUGGUCUUGUCUCCAAGGGUUUUGGUAGCAUUAGUCCAGCUAUGAAGACCUCAGAAUCAACCCAAGCAGAUGGCACUGGAAGGCAAGAGGGGCAACAUCUUGCAAGCAUAGAGGUGGCGCAGAUAAAAGGGGCGACACCUUGCAAGCGUAGAGGUGGCACAAACAGGCGACGCCAGUUCUGGUUGGUGCUGGCUGGAACUGGUGCUGGUUUAGGCGACGCCAGGGUUGGUCUUGGCGAUGUCAGGGAGGCCUAG